UAGACCUUGAUAUUGAUUUCAGGAAUUUCUGUAGGCGAUUCGAUUCCUAGAAAUUUUGGGAACCUUCCAUACCCAUUUUAACCCUUAGAACACAGGAGAGCUUCAUAUAAAAGGAGGAGCAGAACGUAUCUUCAUUAGUCUACUGUGACAAUCCGAUCGAUGAUAAAUAAGAGGAAACAACGUGAGCUCGAGGCCGUGUGACGGGACUGCACCGGGGUUGCAUAUACUGGUGGCGAUGGUGGUGGCUGGGCAUCCAUCCCACGGGCGACUCUAUCAGCUGUUCUUCCUGCCCAUGCUAUCCCUGCCUUCCGCUGUCUCGGCGACGUAGCCGCUCUCUCAAUCCUUCCUGGAUGCUGGGUCCUCGAUGCUGGUUCACGAUGAGGUCCUCGGUGAUGGUCCAUGAUGAUGUCCUCGAUGCCGGUGCUCGAGCCAGUGCCCUACGGGGAAUGGUGACAGGGACGGAGGGGUGGAGGGGAGGGAUCUUAUCCUAAAUAUACUAACUAGAACACUAAAUAUAAGUGAUUAACGAUACUAAAUAUCCGCAAUUACCAAUACUAAAUAUAAACGCUAUACUCAAGGCCUGUGGGACCUCGAGCCAGGAAGCGGAGGGGAGUCCGUGGUAACAUUUUUGUUACAAAAUAUACAACUGAUUAUUUCUGUUCCUUCAUUUGCAAUCUUCAUAGUCAAAAUACAUUUAUCGUUCCAAUAACCAAUGCCUUAACAAUUUAACGUUUUCCAUCGAAAAUUGGAAAUGGGGAACAUGAUGGUGUGAAUACCGGGUGAGUAAGUUCUUGCGCAGGUUUUGCAUCUCCUAGGUCCACGAUGUGUUCAGAUUGUCCUAUGAAAGCUCCCAACCAACUCUUCUUCUCCAGCUCUUUCACAUAGAUCCUGGAGGUAUCUUGCAGAAUAACCCGCAGAAUUUUCUUAACGUGAUUGUACGGUACAUCACCGGAGGUCCAAGAGAUUCUAUGAAAAUUUCUUUCUCGCCACAAAUUAAUACUCUUGUACUUGGCAGGUAAGCAAUUCCAUGGACAAGGUGGUUGAAACAGAAACGUUGCAGGCUCGGAGAAAUUGCUGCCCACUCCAGUCACAGAGAAUUCUUUCAACAUAAACUCGUUCGAGGGUUUCUUGAAACCUUGUACGUUUAGAUGACGUUUAGAUUAGGAUGAAUUCCAUUUUGAUAGACUGCGCAGGGAGAGACGAUUGCAGCUUCUUUAUACCAAUUUUUUCACCCCACCACUGAUCGGGUUGUAUUCUACUAUACGAUCGUGCAAGAUCAGGUAGAAUGUCGAUGUAUCGGCAGGGAAAUUAUUUUUCGCCUCGAAUUCCAGACGAAUAUCGACAGGUCCAAGUUUAAGGGAUUCAUUUUGCUUGGAGCAAUCCAUAACGUUCAAUGGAGCAUACUCGAGAAAUUCAUUCUUCAGGAGGUUCAGGAUCCUUGCCAUAGUACGUAGCUUGAAAGUUUACGUACAUCUCGUACAGCAGAGCAAACAAUGCAAAAAAACGAAUGCUUUACUUUCCUCUUGUGACCUUAAAUCCUAGAUUUUCCAGAAACAAGACGUUUCGACGUGUUAGCGGCUUGAGAAGCGGUCGACGACUGAUCCCUCUUUGGCAUAUCGGUCUACUAUUAUAACCAUUGUCAAUUUUCCUAUUGCAGACGAUACCUAUUAUCGCAUGGAUUUGACGUGUAGCCUGAUCGUUAUGACUUCUCCUUGAAAAUUCACUAGGUCUUCGUCUUGAUCGACUAUUCGAAGCUGCAGGUGAUCUGUCGUCUUAGUGGUGAUCAUCUUGGGCGUUCAUCUUGAGCUUCUAGAACGCGUUGAGUGAAGCCCAACAAACGACCUAUGGAAUCAUUGAGUCGAAAGUCCACAUCACUGUUGCACGUAAUUUCGCUGCUCAACGUAUUGUUAGGUUUAAUGUGAAUGACGAUGCUCUUGUCCGUCAACGUGCUAUGCACGUAGUUUUCGACAUCCUCAAUCUCGUAGCUACCAGUAGGUAUAGUGAUAACUUCAUCCCUCACGUAGAGCUUGUGAUCCGUGUCCACAUUGGGAAUCGAAUUGAAGGUUAGCAACUCGACGAGUCCCAGAGUGUAAUUUUUGUACGGGGAAAGCUCGACAGGAGGGAUGUAUUCAGCUUCCAGUAUGGAGGAGGUGCCUAAUAAUGUUAACGUGAAUGAAUCCUCCACGAUUGCAAACGCUCAACUGCCCUUGGGAAAUUACAUAGCAAGUUUAUAUUGUAACUAUAAGAGUUACUUGGAUUCUGGAAGAAUCCGAAUACUCAGGGAACGAAGUCGAGGGAGGUGUGUAAAUGCAUUAGUGCUUGGUGUACUAUUCAUUUUCAGGCAAGAUUAUUUACAGAAAAUCCGUAUGAUUACGUUCUUAUUAUGACCGACCAGCUUGCUUUUAGCUAGUGAUGUGGUACGAGACAAGAUUUUCAUCAAUCUCGGUUGGUUAUGCUUGCGUUUGUCUUUCCUUUUAAUAUCUUGUAUCGAUUGUUUGACAUCACGUUCUCGGCUCGAAAUUUCUUGAAUUAAUAAGCGAGCCCAAGCAAGACUCUCGAAUACUCUCGAAUAAGUUAAUAUUAUAUUGCAGUGAACAAUGAACAAUAUAUGAGGCAAGCUGUUAAGUUAUUCUUUAUUUUUUUUAUUAUAUAUAUUUUCAUAUAUAUUGCUUCCAGAAAGACACUCACAAUUUCUCUUCGACCACCUUUUCGUUAUUCGCUAUUUUCGUUUUUAUUAAUGACGAGAGAGUGCACGCUAUCCACGAAUUCAAGCAUAACACGCUUCUGGCAGAUUCGUUAUUUAAACGGUUUCUGUGUUUGCGAAAUACAAGCGAUGCUCUUGAAAAAAAGCGUUCAACACGCACCGAUGUUGCUUGUAUACACAAGAAAUCUCUUUCCAUAAGAGCGAGUGUCGGAAAUCGAUUUUCGUGCUAGCGCCACCAUGUUAAUAUAUUAUCGUUUUUAGUAGCACGGUUAAGGCUUAAGUAGUUAUUGAUUUCUUUUCGCCAAUCCCCAAUCGGAAUUGAAACUUCUUCCAAAUAACUCGAUUCAAACAACGAAUUUAAAUCGAGUACGUCUUCGUUGUUAACAACGGAACCACAAGCCACAUAAUUUAUAUUUUCGCUAUAAUUAGUCGUAGCAACAACAGGUGCAUCGAGUGCUCUACAGUUAAAAUAUUUUGUACUGUAGAUGUGCCCAACUGAUUGAUGGACUCUUUUGCCAUUUCUUUACUCCAAGCAGAUCGCUGGAACGUCUCGAUUUUGUGACGUGGGUCAAGAAUAAGCACUACGCAGUACAUCCAAUUGGCUUUAGAGUAAUGCUUAACAAGUUUAUCUCGAGAUGCCGCUACGGCAUGAGAUAUAAUACCAUCGAUUGACUUUAGCUAAGAGGUUAUGGCGCGUGAUUGCAGGCAAGCUUCAAGCUUAUCAAGCAACAUAUUUACACUUAUAAUGACUAAUGGUAACGAUGCGUACUUGUCACCACUAAGGGCGGUGGACAGUACUUUAAAGUGUCGGAGGAAUUUAGGAAGCUCUGUCAAUAGAGCCCAUUCAUUUUCCGAAACAGAAGACGUCUUAAGAAUGAUAUUAUUUCCACACAGGAAAUUAAGGGCUUCUUUCAUUUCAAUUGCUGUAUGGAUCAUGUCACAGGUCGAGUUCCAUCGCGUUGCCACACCAAAGUUCGGUGACAUCAUCUUGCUAUUUGUUGUUUCACAGCACGCCUUGAAAGAAGAAGAAACGACACGGCGUAUUACUGACAAACAGUAUACGAGCAGUGUUUUGCGGACCAUCCAAUUGCGGAAAGACAAAGUCAUUGCUCACUCUCAUAACUCAUCCUAACGGAUUAAGAUUCGAAAACGUCUACUUAUACUCAAAAUCGCUUGAUCAGUCAAAGUACAAGUUUUUAGAAUGUUUACUCGCAUCCGUGGAAGGCGUCGAGCCGUCAUCGCUUUACGGAUCACGAACAAGUGUUGCCACCGAACGAGGCACGUCAAAACUCGAUAAUUAUUUACGACAACAUAGCUUGCAAGAAGCAAGAUAACUUCAGAGCCUUCUUCAGUAUAGGACGACACAGGGACGUUGACUGUUUCUAUCUCUGUCAGACGUACGCUCGCAUUCCUAAACAUCUGGUACGGGACUAUGCUAAUCUGCUGGUGCUGUUUAAGCAGGAUGAAAUGAAUCUCAAGCAUGCGUACGAUGACCAUGUAACCACUGAUAUGACUUACGCACAGUUUAAAGAUCUGUGUUCGACAUGGUGGAACGGUGAUAAGUAUGGGUUCCUCGUAAUCGACAAGGACAGUGAGCUUGACGGAGGUAGAUACAGAAAAGGAUUCGAUUGCUUCGUGAGCAUAAAUGAAUGAUCAUUGAAAAAAUGAAUGCAGUAGCAUUUUGGAUUCAGUAACGGCACCAUCCAACGCAGAAAACUUCAGAAGCAAAAAGACGUCUUAUGCCAAAUGCUAAAGCCAGCAAUGCAAUUCGCAAAAAAACAUAGAAUGAUAAAAUUGGGUAGAGAGAACGUCGAACAGACGAUGAGUGAGGUCUUCAAACCGGUAGUGACUCCACUGCAGAAACUAGUGAACGUGUCUCAGCCGGAGCGUAAUUUUAUCAAAGACGAGAUUAAAGAUGAAAUAAAGCAAGACGUAGAAGCAGAUGAUACGUUUAGAUCGGCUGAUAAAUCUUUCAAGUCGUUAAAGAACGAUUCUUUCGAAGGAGUUGAUGAAGAAGGAGAAGAAGAAGGCAAACAUGUUAAUCAAGAUGAAGGAGAUAACGAUGACGCAGAUGUACCCGUUAAUCAGAACGAUCCUAUACAACAGUAUCUCGAUAUGUUACUAUCGAAUCAAGGAAAGCAUCUGGAUACCGCCUAUGGUAUGCGUAAACUCGCUAAGAACAAAUUGAUGAUAUGCGGUUCGCCUAUCAGUUUUGAAGGUGAUCGAAUCCAUAUAGGCGAUACGAGUUACUUGAAAACUGCGGGUUUGAUCGAACUCUUGUUCAGGAAAGUGCCUGACGAUACUAGUAUAACCCAGAAUGACUUGGCCAAUUACAAAAACAUUAUUGUAACGACGAAUGCACAUAGGAAGUACUAUAAAUCAUGAUGCAAUUCGUAAGAGUAAGAGUUUCAAAUUUAGUAACGUUAUUGCAAAACUGAUCGAACAGCCCUCUGUAACGGGCAAAGGUUAUAGUACCGCGGUACAUAAUCGCUUGCAAGGUCGGACGUACGGAUUACGUGUACUGGAACGAUCUCAAGGAACUGGUAGACCGCCUCCGCCUGUUCCCUGCGUCUCACGAAGCUGGUAACCCCAGUCACUCGAACGAAAUCGUAUCGAUUAUCGUAGAAUUGCAUGAGGCGGGAAUCAUUUAUUAAUUCGAUAAAACGAUCGCGAUCGCCACUUUGAACAUGAGCGUCGACGUGUUUGGACGUCAGUUGAGUAGCAGGACCGCGGUUACAACGGCUGCAACGUUGCCGAUCCCGAGGAACAAAGUGAUGCUGUGACCUUGAAUCUGAUGAAAACUGUAGUGCAGCAGGAGGUCAUUACCGUGUUUCAAGUGACUGCUGGAAUGCGCAAUGAUAUCGAUAACAACAACUUGAUGAUUCAAUCUCUCGAUUCCACCACGAAGGAAGCGUUGAAACGUCUGCAAGCUGAUAUCGAGGAAGGACAAAAAUUGGCUAUUUGCGACUCUCUGAUCAUUUCCCAGCUGGAUGCCAGACUAAGUGCACUGGAAAAUAGAUGGAAAAAAGUUAGCGGUGGUGAAAGAACUGCAUAGACCUGCUAGGAGAAAUUACCAACGUCGACACGUUGACGUCUGUGGGCUGGACGAGACUUGGCAAGCGGAUCUCGUUGACAUGUCAACGUACGCCAGAGAGAACCACGGAUACAAGUAUCUGCUCAGCGUCAUCGACAUAUGUUCAAAGUUUGCUUGGACCGUGCUAACGAAGAGCAAGAACGCUAAAGACGUGAUAGCAGCUUUGAGAUCUAUAUUGGCGCAGGGUCAAAUCCCGAAGAAAUUGCAUGUUGACAAAGGCCGAGAGUUUUAGCAUUCCGAAUUCAAGGAUCUUAUGCAAAAACACGGUAUUACCCUGUAUUCGACAUUUAGUAACUUGAAGGCAUCGAUCUGCGACCGUUUUAAUCGUACUCUGAAAAGUAAGAUGUGGAUGCAAUUUAGCUUACAGGGAAAUCACCGGUGGCUGGAUAUCUUAUCGGACUUGGUAUCGGACUCUUACAAUAACAGUAAGCAUCGCACCAUUGAUAUGAAACCGACAGAUGUGACUGCUCGUAACGAGAAGGAAUUACUGCAACGGGUGUGCAAGAAAUUCAAAGCCAAGUCCACACUUAAACGAUCAAAGUUUAAAGUCGGCGAAAAAGUACAAAUCCGCAAAUUUAAACACAUCUUCGAGAAAGGUUAUACACCCAAUUGGAUAACUGAAUUUUUCACGAUAAGUCGAGUGAAGAAUAUCGAUCCAGUGUCGUAAUAACUCAAGGACUACCAGGAUCAUCCCAUCGAGGGUGGCUCUAUUGAUCAUGAACUUACCAGCGUCAAGUAUCCCGACAUAUAUCUUGUGGAGAAGGUACUGAGGAAACGUGGACACAAGCUAUUUGUGAAAUGGUAAGGUUUCGAUGAUUCGCACAAUAGUUGGAUAGAUAAGUCGGAUUUUUAAGGUGUUUGAAAUAAACCAGAACUAAAAUAUUUAUUACCUCUUGUUAUUUAUAUUUUCUUACAUAUUAUUUACAUUUGUAUAGAAUAUUUACAUUUAUACAUUCUUAUUGUCAUAUUAUAUAUACAUCUUACAUUUUAUAACCCCACGGAAGAAUGUCGGUCGUACUAGGAAGAAUGACCCUUUUGUCUUCAUUCCAGC